ACGGGCGGAAGCGGCGCCGGGGCCGCGAAAAAAAAAAAAAAAAGGAAAAAAAAAAAGAAAAAAAAAGGCGGAAAAAGGAAAAAAGAAAAAAAAAAGAAAAAAAAGCGGCGGCGGCCGAAAAAUGGCGGAAAAUUUAAAAGAGUGCCGGGUGUGCUGCCUGUCCCCCUGGGCUCAGCUGCAGGACCUGUGCCGCCUGCAGCGGGUGCGGUGCCGCGCCCUGGGCGUCACCCGCCGCAACCUGGCGGACUUCGAGGUGGAGCUGCUGUGCAACUACCGCCGGGUCAGGGACGAGGAGUGGUACCUGGUGAAGUGGCGGGGGUACCCGGCCUCGGCCAGCACGUGGGAGCCGCGGCGGAACCUGCGCUGCCGGGGGCUGCUGCGGCAGCUCCACGCCGACCUGGCGCGGGCCCCGGGGGGGCCGGUGCGGGCGGGUCCCCGGGGGCUGCCCCCCCGGGCCCUGCGGUUCCUGGCGCGCAAGGCGGAGCAGCGGCGGGCGCUGCGGCGCUGGGAGCGCGCCCUGAACCGGCAGCGCGGGCACCGCGGGCGCAUCGCCGUCGAGAACGACGUCGACCUGCACGGGCCACCCCAGGACUUCGUCUACGGCAACGAGUACAAGGUGGGCGCGGGGGUGUCGCUGACGCCGGUGGCCGUGGGCUGCGAGUGCCGGGACUGCCUGGCGGAGGCUGCGGCAGGCGGCGGGUGCUGCCCGGGGGCCUCCCACAACCGCUUCGCCUACAACGAGCUGGGGCAGGUGCGGAUCCGCGCCGGGCUGCCCAUCUACGAGUGCAACUCGCGCUGCCGCUGCGGCGCCGACUGCCCCAACCGCGUGGUGCAGCGCGGCAUCCGCUACGACCUGUGCAUCUUCCGCACCGCCGACGGGCGCGGCUGGGGCGUGCGCACCCUGCAGCGCAUCCGCAAGAACUCCUUCGUCAUGGAGUACGUGGGAGAGAUCAUCACCUCGGAGGAGGCGGAGCGCCGGGGGCAGGUGUACGACCGCCAGGGUGCCACGUACCUGUUCGACCUGGACUACGUGGAGGACGUUUACACCGUGGACGCCGCCCACUACGGGAACAUCUCCCACUUCGUCAACCACAGCUGCGACCCCAACCUGCAGGUUUACAACGUGUUCAUCGAGAACCUGGACCAGCGGCUGCCCCGCAUCGCCCUGUUCGCCACGCGGCCCAUCCGCGCCGGGGAGGAGCUCACCUUCGACUACAACAUGCACGUGGACCCGGUGGACGCCGAGAGCACCCGCAUGGACUCCAACUUCGGGCUGGUGGGGGGGUCCCUGGGGGGCUCCCCCCGCGCCCGGUCGCGCAUCGAGUGCAAGUGCGGGGCGGCCUCGUGCCGCAAGUACCUGUUCUGAUACACCUGGGCCGCACCUGGGCCACGCCCACGGCCACACCC